AUGAAGGCAUUCCAUGGAGAAAACCUGAAAAUGCACCACGCCAAUGAAGCAAAAAUCGAAAAAAUCGAUUUGAAAAUGAGUCUUCUAAAUGCUCGUAUCGAUCAGAUGGACAAGGAUUUCCGAAACGAAAUCAAGCAGCUACGAGACCAUCUAUCCCCCAUGAAUACCACACAACUAUCCCUCGACGUCAAAGGUCUCUGCGAACAAUUCGAAGAACUUAAACUUCGUCUCUCCAGUAUCGAUGUAGCAAGGAUCACAACCCGUACCGAGCAGCCCAGUCACGACGAUACAGCAAGGACCACCGCCAGCAUGGAGCAACCGAGAUCUGAGCUGGAUAGAAUUCGAAGGCAACUGGUCGAAACAGAGAAGGAGCUCCAGACGAUUCGGAAUGAAACGCAUGAAGUCAACGCGCUGAUUGAGAAGGAAAGGCAAAGGGACCGGAGCACUGCGGCUCUCGACGACUUGAAGGUGAAAGCGACGCCGCCUCCAGUCAAAGGAGUCGAGACUAGAACAGGAAAUGGAAGACCUCGAGAGACGACUCGAAAGGGAAAGCACAGAAGCUCCGCUCGCUCAAGCUUACGUGGCAACAUGCAGGAAAAACGAAAGGAUGAAAGCAUCAACAUAAGGAAGAUGACCACGAUAGCAGAAGACGAGAUGGACGUGAAUCCAGACAUCGACGAAGCUCGACUUCUUCACGCGAUCACGGUUGCAAUUAAACGAUGGUAA